UUUCCGGCAUUGUUAACUGAACCAGGAAGACUGUGCGGCCUGAGUUUGGGGUUUUGGGGGCUCAAUCUGCUGCCUAAGAGUUCAGUAUUAUGAUGUUGAAAGAUGUGGAUUCAAGGGAGAUUAACCAACGGGAUUGUUGUAGAUAGGACUAGAAAACAAGGGAGAUUGUGGUGACUUUUGUUGACCAAUUCAAGGUGAGCAGGAUUCCUCUGGGGUUUGGUGUUCUGAAGCAUUGAUGGGGCUAAUUGGAACUCUUUCGAUGCUUCUUUUUCCAUUGUGGUUUUUCUUGUUGCCACAAUUAUGCAGCACACAGUUAUCUGGUUCUUCACUGGAUUCUCUACUCCAAGACUAUGCUUAUCGGGCACUUGUUAGCCCAAAGACUGGUGCAGUUUAUGAUGGAAAUGUGCCCGCGAAUAUAACAGGGAUUAAGGUUUCUGCGGUGAGGCUCAGGAGUGGCAGUUUAAGGGCGAGAGGUGUUAUUUACAAGGAAUUUGAGAUACCGGUUGGGUUUAUUGCACAGCCUUAUGUUGAGAGGCUUGUUUUGGUCUAUCAGAACUUGGGCAAUUGGUCUAUGAAGUAUUACCCUUUACAUGGAUAUGCAUAUUUGACCCCUGUUUUUGGUCUUCUUGCUUAUAAUGCUUCAAACCUGUCAGCCAAAAACUUGUCUGAGUUGAAUAUUAUGGUGUCUGGUAAGCCCAUCUCUAUCAGGUUUUCGGAUAUACAAUCAAUACCAAGUGGGUUUGCGCCCAAGUGUGUUUCAUUUGAUUUACAAGGUUCUGUUAAUUUCAGCAAUGUGUCGUCAGAUAACAGAUGUACGACAUUCCAACAGGGACAUUUUGCUAUUGUAAUUGAGUCUCCUCUCCCGGUUACUCCUUUGCCACCAUCAAACGAUAAGGGUAAAAAGUCAUCGAAAACCAUUUGGAUAAUAGUUGGAACAGUGGGUGGAGGAUUAGCUGUAUUGAUUUUGUUAGGAUUUCUGGUUGCCUGGCUGCACAAGUACAAGCGCCAGAAGAAAAUGCAACAUAUGGAAAUGGCUGCGGAGGUUGGGGAAGUAUUGAAGAUGACCAAAGUUGGAAGCACGAAAGCACCGGCUGCUUCUGUGACGAGAACACAACCAACACUCGAGACUCAAUAUGCUCUCUAGUGUGUGUAUUCUUUGUUCAAGUUGCACUCUCCCACUGCCGUGCAAUUGGAUUCUUCUUAGAACACCCUUCUUUCUUGGUGUGCAUUUUGUUGCUCCAUUCAUUCUAGUAAAUUUAGGUUUGUUGUGUGAGUAAUAAGGCGAUUACCCCGUGCAAAAUGAUCUGUUAGCUUUCAGAAAAACCAUUCACAUUGUGAUAAUAUGUUGUGCUGUGCAUUUUUAGUGUAGCCUAGGUUGGCUUUACAUAUGUGAAUUGUGCUUUUCACCUUGACAAAGGAAAUACAAUUUCAAUGGCAA